AUGAAGCGACAGAAUUUGGCUGGAUACAUUUUACAAUGUUGUUGUUUUCAGGCCCAGUUCAAAAACGUGCCUUGGGAUUUAAAUUCCGUCGUGGUUUUUCGCUUGUACUUGCAACCAGGUGAUCUAGCGACAUCCGGGAAUUCCACUGCGCCCGCGGCCAAUCUUUUAGACGAAAGUAAACUGGCGGCUUGGACUGCAUUGCCGCUGGCGCUGACUGCAGGCUCACAUGCUUCCAGACGAAGCAGACAAUCGGGAGAUAGCCGAGGCGGAGAAGCACGCCUCAACUUGGGAACUCACAAUCUUCCCCUGUUCUUUCCGCCUGUUGCUCCUGUUCCUAACAUUCCAUUGCGGGGCCCUUUUCCGGGACAGUGGUCCCUUUAUGGACAGGCCUCGUUGAGGAUAACUAUAUUUGCGUCUGGUAGCCCUCCACCAGAGAGGCCCAGUUCUCCUGAGGAAUUUCUGCAAGAAAAUGAUCUUCCUGAGAAUGUAUGGAUUAAGAAUGGCCGUUCUGCUAUUCUGACCGACGAGUUUGAAGAAGGAAAUGGCUUUGAUUUGUACAUUGAUGGAGCGCGAUUUCUUCCAGAUAGUAUCACUGUCUCCAAGGUUGCCGGAAGAGUGUUGGACAAAAACUACACAAGAAUCGGUGACGAUAUCGACGUACAGGCUGAGCUCGACUCUGACAUUUACAACCCAGAAUACAACGCGAGACUAGAAUACCGAGAACCAGUCUUCUCGCAGUUUUGCACCCUUAUGUUGAAAGUAUACACCGUGGAUAGGAUAGCGAGAAAUCUCUGUUGUGUGGGUUACGGAUUUCUUCCCAUCUUCAUUGAAGUUGGAACGACAAAUCCGCCUUCUGUUAGCAGUUCAGAUGUCAAGGUGGCUCUAAACGAAGGUCCUCACCAAAUACGGUUAUACAGUGGUAGCCCAGACCUCACUCAACCAUUACACGAAAGUGUAACUCAAAGUCUGCCCCAUGUGCCCUGUGCUAGUUUACUAGUAAGACUUGUUCAGGCGUCCUGUCAUCCUAACGGAAGACCAAAGCAGGCUUCAGAGUUUACUGAAGCAGAGUGGGAGGCCGAGGGACUCUUUCAGCCCAAACCAAGCUAUGCAGAUGGUGAAUAUUACUCUCUCUCAUGUGAACCCACGCUGGGUGAGAGCCAGAUUUUUCACAGCAUGGUCAAGAGGCAGCCAAUCAGAACUCGCGACGCAAUAAAGCUCAUUGGCGAUGGUCAAGAACAGAAACUGAAGAAAGACAGAGUGAUAGAAAGCUGGAUCAAGACUCGACUCACUCGAAACAUUGACGCAUUACCUGGGGACCUGGACUUUAGUUACAUCGCUCUCUAUCACGUGAUGCACGGGUUAAAGAUCUCCGUGGAUGCUGCACAGAAUUUGCCUUGGUCAAAUUUUACGAUGGUGUCCUAUUGUCUUCUGCCUCCUGGAUCAUUUUAUAGGGGUACAAGAGAGGACUCUUUAGGCCUUGUAACAAAACCGCUGUACUCGAGUAGUGUCGCCUCUCCUGUGUGGAAAGAUGGAAUAAAGGUUUUUCCUCGCCGUAUUUACCACAGAUUUAUGGUUGUUAUCGUCCAUCUUCAUGAGUUGAUAUUGGACACCAGCCAAACCAAAACAUCUUACAGUCUACAAGGCCAGGCUUGGAGUGCUGUUCAAGUAUUUGAUGAAGGCUACGUUGUAAACGGUUGUUACCAGCUACCGCUAUACUCAGGGGACCCCCCUGAGGUUGUGCUGAAUUCUCUUCAAGCUGACAGUUGUCUCAAUGUCCUAUCCAACUUUCGAAGGAGGAAAGUGAUCAAAUUCAUGGAAGGCAGCUCAAUUUAUGUUCGACUCUCAGAUGCGAGGAGAGCAGAAGAACUUCCCGCUCCAAAGAUGAAGGCCAAGCAAGACUACUUGCCGAAAGAAAAGCUGGAAAAAUAUCUGAACGUGAACCCGUCUUCCUCUCUAAGUUCUCUUGUACCAAGAGGGAUGACUGAAGAUGAGUUAACUGUGGAACUAACAGACAAGUUUACGAGUCUAACAACUCAAUUGUUGGGGACAUACCAGAAGGACACCUCAUAACACACGACGUGAAGUACCACCUGGAACCAUUCAAGCCCUCCAAUCUCGUUCCCACUUCCCUUUUCCUCACGAGGUUGUAUGGCAUUCCCAAGAGAAACGCUGGAUUCGCUAAACCAAACUUACACCCCAGCUUUUUAAAACAUUGUGUAGACUUGGUCAAGCUUCGAUCUUAAUUGCUUUAAAGGAAAGCAUACAGGAAGCAAAAGUUCUAUUUGAAACACGCAAAACGCAAUCAUACAUGAAAAAAUUGCCCUAUAUACUUUCUGAAUAGAUGUACAUAUACUUGUUUGUAAAGCAAAAAAAUAAUAAAUAAGAGAAAUAUGCCAGGUAA